AUGAAUUAACUUAUAGGUAAUCAACCGGAAUCAGACUAAGGUGCUAUUGAAGCUUCUUUCCCAGGGGAAUACAAAAAUUUUGCUCCAAUUGGAAGAGGUUCUUAUGCAAAAGUGUAUAGAGCGGAAACAGAAAAAGGAGAAUUGGUGGCUAUAAAGGUGAUCGAUUUGAAAAAUAUGUAAAAGGAGAUAAUACCUUAUAUGCAAAAUGAGAUGAAAUUAUUGUCAGAGAGUGACAAUAGAAAUGUGAUUAAAUUGUUUAAGAGUAAUCAAAAUAGUUAGAAAUUAAUUUUAAUUCUGGAGUACUGUUACUUAGAUGUUGAAUUUAUGGUGAAAAGAUUUUAUAAAGGAAAAUUGCCAGAUGAAUUAGUCUUGAUUAUAUUGAGAUAGCUAGCAAAUGGAUUAUCCUACUUACAUAGGAAUAAGAUUAUUCAUAGAGACUUGAAAUUAGAGAAUUUCGCUGUUUAAUUGAGCUAAGAAGAUUAGAAUGCCUUAUAGACAAGAAAUGAUAUUAGUGUAUUUGAGAGAGCAACCUAUAAAUUGAUUGAUUUAGGAUUGGCGAAGAAGCUGGGAGAUCUUUAGAGUUAAACAAGUACUUGGGCAGGAACAGAACUAAAUAUGGCUCCUGAAAUAUUAAAUGAAUAAAAGUACUCAUUCUAAGCCGAUAUGUACAGUCUUGGAGUCUGUCUAUAUUACAUGUUAGUGGGUAAAUACCCCUAUUUCGAUCCAACAAAUAGAACUCCUCUAUAAGAUUUAAUUAAAAAGGAGAAUGCUGAUUUAAAUUAGAUUGCUAAUCUUUAAUUGAGAGAAUUGAUAAGAAAGAUGCUUAAAUUCGAUCCAAAACAAAGACUUUCAUUUUAAGAAUUAUAUCAACAUGAAUUUUUCAAGUAUAGAGAAGGGGAUUUAUCUAAUCCAAUUGAUUUAGAAUUAAAUUAAAAUUAAGUCAUUUAUUCUGGAAAAAUAGAAGAGUCCAUUUUAGAUUACGAAGAAAAACAAUUUAAGAGUAUAAUUCAAUAAGAGAAUGAAGGCAACUUUCAGAAUGAAAAAUAAUUGUAUCAAGAUGACCCAAAUAAAUAUUCUGGAUUUGAGAUAAAAACAUAACCAUAAAUAACACUUUAAGAUGAAGGAUAAGCAAAGUAAUUUUCUGAACCGGAUGUAAAGAACAUUUUUCCAACCAGCAAGUUUGAUCCUUAAAAAAAACAAAAUGAUUAAAUCAUGCAACUAUACCAUAUAAGAAAUCAAUAUAUAGCAAUUUUGAAAUUGGCUGAAUAUCUUGAACAAAUAAUACCUUUAGUUAAAAAAUCUAAGCUUGAUUUCAUAACUAUGGAAUCAAAGUUUUCAAUGUAUAUAGAGUAUCUAAAAAUGGUUGCUAAAUAAUUAUUCAUAAAGUUGUAAUAAAGAUUCCAAUUCUUUUAAUAAUCCUUAGGGUCUUAUGAUAGAUUUUAGUUAUUGAAAAAGUAAGUAGAAAACGAAGAUCAUCCCAAACUUCUACAGGUUCAAGUUAGAGAAGGAGAUGCUUAGGGUUGGAUGUCAUGGUUAUCAAAAAACGUAAUGAAGAAAAUUUAAUGUGAACCUUAUGAUUCAGCCAACUUUAAUUAACAAUACUAACAAACCAAUAUUGAAUUGUAUAAAGAAUUGCUGAAGAUGUUACAAGAUACAUUUUUUAAGUAUUAGGAUGAUUCUGAUCCUAAAUUAAAAAGAAUUAAAUGUUUACUCUACUUAUCCAUGAUAAAUACUGCUAGGUCUAGAGUCCUAUUCUAAGUGGAACUAUAAAAUGUAGAUUAUAAAGCAGAAGAGCUCCUAUUAACAAAGGCUCGUGAUGAACCAGAUUUACUUUCAGAAAAAGUAACUGCAAUCUUAACUUAAUUUAACUUGUUAUAUAACUGA